AUGGACCAUAGUGCACAAAAAUCGAGUCCUCUCGGAAUCCCCAUUGCAAAUGCCCAAAAGGGAGUUGCUGGAUCACCCAAUAUGGGCCAGCCCAUGAGUUCCUCUUACGAAAAUCGCUGGUUAUCAGCUGGCGAUGACAGUAAGAAGGGCUCCCCCCUCUCUGUCGGUGGACGUAGAAAGAGUAUUACAUCCGAAGAGGGCCACAAACCCUCUGCCAGCAACAAAGAGAACGCAAAGAAGAAAGAAAGCACUCGACCUCACAAUGGCGAAGCACCAAAGAAAGCUCAAAAGGACAUGACAAAAGCUGAGCGCCGUGCUCUUCAAGAAAAGCAGAGAUUGGAGAAGCAGAACCGUGUUGCUGCUGGUUUGCCUAAGUCAGCCAAGCAAGCUGCAGAACUGGAGGCAAAGAAGGGCCCUGCUGCUGGUGCCAGUGGUGCUCCUCAAGGCGGUGAUGCCGAUGCCAACAAGCAAAACAAGAAAAAGGUUUUAUCAAAGAACCAGCAAAACCAAGUUCCCUGGCUUCUUCAUCUAGACGCUCCCAAGACAAGCGAUGCUUUGACAAAGGAUCUUCACCCCGCUGUUCUUCAACUCGGCUUGUACUUUUCCAACCACAAGAUUGUCGGUUCCAAUGCUCGUUGUGUGGCCAUGUUGGAGAUCUUCUCAAAGGUCAUUUCAGAGCACAAGCCUCCAUCCGACGCAACAUUUUCCAGACACAUUCAAAAGCAUUUAGAUCCUCAUAUUGCAUAUCUUCUGAGCAUUCGUCCCAUGUCAUUGAGUAUGCGCGAGUGUAUUCGCUGGCUGAAGAAGGAAAUGGCAGAUAUUGUGGAAGAGGAUCCACCAUUGAGCGACGACGAUGCACGCAAACGAUUGACCGAGCGUAUUGGACACUUUAUCCGUGAAAGAAUCACCAUGGCUGAUCAGCUUAUUGUGCAAAAUGGCCUACAAAAGAUCCAAGAUGGCGAUGUUAUUUUGACCUAUGCUAAAUCAUCCGUGGUCGAAAGCUUACUGUUGGAGACAAAGAAGAAGGGCAUUGAUUUCAAAGUGAUUGUGGUGGAUAGUCGUCCUCUGUUUGAGGGCAAACAUCUGCUGCGUCGAUUAGUAGCAGCUGGCAUAGACUGUUCUUAUCACCUAUUAUCCAGUGUGUAUGUGGCACUCAAAUCUGUCACCAAGGUCAUUAUGGGUGCACAUGCUCUGUUAAAUAAUGGCGCUGUCUACUCUCGUAUUGGUAGUUCGAUGGUGGCUAUGGCUGCUAGCGAUAAACAGAUUCCCGUCAUGAUUUGUUGUGAGACCUACAAGUUUGUCAAUCGCACCCAAGUCGACUCAUUUGUCUUGAAUGAAUUGGGCAACCCGGAUGAAUUAGUGGACACCAAAUCAACCCUCACUACACAAACCGCCAGCAAUAGCGUGGAUGAGAAUGCAGUUUUGGCUUCAUGGAGAGAUCAACCUGAUCUCAGAUUGCUCAACCUUUUAUACGACGUUACGCCUUCCAAGUAUAUUACCUUAGUGGUUACUGAAGUUGGUCUUAUUCCCUGUACAUCUGCCCCUGUUAUUUGGCGUGAAUACAAUGAGGAAUUCGGCAAGCGUGUCGCAUAA